GUUUUUACUUGGCGACAUGCAUUCAUGGAGCCUUGACUUUUGAGCCCCUCGCUGUUGCACAUCACCAAAGCUUCUGAACCACUAUUUUAUCCGGAGUAGCUUCUUCGAUUCUUCUUCCAUUUUCUUCCGCCGAAUUCAUCUUUGAAGUUGUUGCUUCUUCAUCUCAUUGUUCCAAGCUGAAUGUGUUGAGAAAAAUUCCAGAACACGGUCUCUCAAAUAUGAAACUCCUGCUAAUUCACUUCCUGUAACUUGCCGAUUUGUCAUCCUAAUUUAACUAAAGUUUGCUUAAAGCUAGCUCAAUUUGGGGAAUGUCCCGCAAAUUCCUGCAUUUUCCAGCUCCCGAGGCAUUAGGAGCAGUUGCCCUUCCGUAAGGCAGGGGCGGAUCACUACUACCAGAACGGAUGUUUAGAAGCAGUAAUGUCACUUCCAGGAUUUUUGAGCGCCAGAUUUCCACUCCUGCUCCAGGAACGAGCAUUCAUCGUGCCAGGCGAUUUUACGAGAACAUAGUUCCAAGUUAUACAGUAUAUGAUGUUGAGUGCCCCGACCACUCUUUCCGCAAGUUCACUGAAGACGGUCUGUAUCUCAUCGGCUUCAGCCGAGAUCUUCAAGAUCUGAUCGUUUAUAGGCCAACAUGGCUGUCGUUUUCAUGCAAUGAAGUAGACAGUGAUGGUGACGAGCUUCCACCUAAAGCCAAAAAGUUUGAGAGCUUCUUCACCCAGCUAUAUAGUGUUACGCUUGCUUCUAGUGGAGAGGUUAUAUGCAAAGAUUUUUUCCUCUACGUAGAGAAUAACCAAUUUGGCCUGUUUGCGACUUCAACUGCAACUGCACAAGUUCAGGAUGCACCUGCUGUCCGUGGAGCAGUCAAUGGGAUCCCUUUCAUUGAAAAAAUUACUUUUUACCUUUUGAGAUUGGACAAUGGAGCUAUACUUGAGGAGAGAGUUUUCUCCAAUGAUUACAUCAAUCUGGCACAUAAUAUUGGUGUUUACCUGUAUGAUAACAUGUUAGCUAUAUUGUCCCUUCGAUACCAAAGGAUACACAUUCUUCAGAUAAGGGAUUCUGGAGACCUUGUAGAUGUUAGAUGUAUUGGAGAAUUUUGCCAUGAAGAUGAUGAACUAUUUAUCAAUUCUUCCCAGGUUAUUGUUAACCACAGUGGUGGAGCUCCUAAUCAUAGCGAGCUUAUUCAAGAAACUUCUUUCCUUGGUGUCCUUAAACAAAGGUUGCUCUCCUUUAUAUUUCGAGGGAUUUGGAAUGAAGAAUCUGAUCAAGCCACGAGAAUGCUGAACCUUAAGAAGAAGUUCUACCUCCAUUUUCAAGAUUAUGUUGAUUUAAUAAUUUGGAAGGUGCAGUUUUUGGACAGAUAUCAUUUAUUAAUAAAGUUUGGCAGUGUCGAUGGUGGGAUGUCAAGAAAUGUCGAUAACCAUCCUUCAUUUUUUGCUGUUUAUAACAUGGAGACUACUGAAAUAGUUGCAUUUUAUCAGAAUUCAGCUGACGAGCUGUAUUUAUUGUUUGAGCUCUUCUGUGACCACUUUCACGCAUCAUCUAGAAGUUCAUUGCAUAUGAACUUCAUAUCUACUCAUUCAAAUAAUGUACAUGCUCUUGAGCAACUGAGGGGAAUAAAAAAUAAAGCCAGUAGCUUUUCUCAGUUUGUCAAGAAAGUGCUGGCAACUAUACCUUUCAGUUGUCAAUCUCAGAGUCCAUCACCCUACUUUGAUCAAUCUCUCUUUAGAUAUGAUGAAAAGCUUAUCUCUGCAGCUGAUCGACAUAGACAAUCCAUUGACCAUCCCAUCAAAUUCAUUUCAAGGAGGCAGGCUAAUAUUCUCAAAUUCAAAAUUAAAGCAGGGCCUGAAUCUGGCAAUGGUGAUGUGAGGACAAAGAAGAUAUCUUCAUUUCUCUUCCAUCCAAUAUUCCCCCUUGCAGUUUCAAUUCAACAUGCCAUGUUUUUUCAGCCAGCAGUUGUAAAUAUCCAUAUACGACAGCCAUGAUUGACAAUUUUGAUAUUUCUUGAAACAUUAUUCUUCCAAGGGCCUUGACCUGGGUUAGGCAUGGUUGGUUUUGAAGGAAUGUCACCUGGGUAACAAGGGAGCGUCAAGGAAACUGACAACUAGCUUCCACUAGUUUGCGUUCAAGAUAUUAUUACGUGCAAAAUGUGGCUUGCAAGUGUGUAUUUUUAUAAUAACCUGCAAAUAUACCUUCUACACUUUAUUUUAAACAGGAAUAGUUCUUUAUUUUUGUAAAAUCUCAACUGUAUAUGACACCUCCAAAUUGAACUGGAGACCCCGAAUAACCAGGUUUUUAAAGUGAUGUACUUUGGGGUUCAUUUUUGGAACGGACUGACAAGGUGGCGAAGGCCAUUUAGGGAGUGUUUGUGUUUACUUGUGCUUUUUAAAAGUGAUUUAUUUAAGUGAUUACAGGAAAAGUGAUUUGUAGUAAAAGUGGGUAGUGUUUGUAAAGAGAAGUGAUUUUAAUUAAAAGAUAUAAGUUGGAG